GUUAACAAUUUUUUCAUUCAUUAAUUUAUACUAGUACAUAAAUUCCCUGGUUGGAUUUUUAUCACUUGUCUUCAAAGCUUUCCUUCAACACAAUCAUGACGCUCUUUUCUUUCCUUCUUUACCUUUCUCAUCUCUCUUCUCUCUUCUCAAUCAAUCUGUGACAGACACUGCUUCCUGUUCCCACCUCGUAUCACAGGAAACAACAACAACAACAACAACAACAACAACAGAAGAAGAAAAACAAAGUGUGUUUGUUCUUCUUCUGUUUCAGCUUUUGAAACACACAACACAAGAUGAUACUUUCUGCAUUUUUAUCCACCGCUAAUGCCCUAGUAGGAUCUACCAUCUUCACUUUCGGUGUUGCUUCUUCUUCUUGCUACAAUGCUGGUCCUUGUUAUCUUCUUCGUUAGGCCAUUGCCUCGUAUGGGUUGAAGAAUGCAAGCUUCCAAGUUUCUUCACUGAGAUCUUGGAAUCUUGCCAUUGAUUGUUUUCACUUUUUUUUUUUUUUUACUGAUUUUCAACAACUCUUUGCUGGUCGCAAUGCAAUUAGGUUUUCUGCAGAAUGGAAUGGAUUCAUCGCCAGGAAAAAGUCAGGAUGGAAGUUUCAGGAAGUCUAGUUCUGUUAUUUCUGCUAGUACUGUCUCCGGGGCAUCAGGGCUGAGCAAGUUUGUUCCGAUUUCGAGAAGAGUGUUAAAGGGGCUUAAGGAGUAUGGAAGGAAACUGGUUGAUCUGAACUUAUUCACACAAUAUCUUGGGGAUUGGGUUUUAGAGAAUCUAAAUAGUGAUUCAGCAGAUGGAAUGCAUGGUUUUAACUCUCUCUUUACAAUUGAUGAGCUGCGCAAGCUAGAUAUGGCGUUAGAGGGAGUUCCAUUUCAGCAACUAGUCCGUAUGCCAACAUAUUCCGAGGUUUCUGAAGAGCUUAUAGAAGAUCAGUAUCUAGCAGUAGAAGAUUUCCUUCAUGCCAUUAUCAUUGGUCUUUGGCGUACGUUUUGGCAUAAAAGUGGACCGCUACCGUUAUGCGUCUCAUGUCCCUCUCAUCCUGGUUCAAGGUUUAGUAGUGUUGAAAAAGCAAUAUCAAGGGGCAGAUUAUGGGAAAUGCGUGGUUUAGGUUUAAUAUCGAAAACAUCGAAUGAUUCAAAAAUUAGAUGGGAUCAAGUGGUUGAGUUCGCCAUAUUCAAGCCAAAAGUGUUAUUGGACGAUGCUUUGAGAGUAUCAGCCAACACUAUUUGUGAAGCCCUCUUUUAUGGUUUUCAUGUUCUUGUAUCUCGAAGUUUGAGUAAGAUUAGUUCUGUUAACAGUGAUUCCGUUUUUCUUCUAGUUCUAGAUUCUAAGUCUGGAUUGGUGAUAAAGUUCAGCGGUGACCUUGGAAAACUUGAUUUAUCAAAUUCAAGCAAUCCGUAUCUGUCUGUAGCUGAAUGGAUCAAAACCUACGCCGAAAUCUGUAUCACCCCGUCGGAACCGAUAUGGAACCAAAUGGGAAAUGCAAACUGGGGAGAUAUAGGAACUCUGCAGGUAUUAUUGGCAACUUUCUACUCCAUUGCUCAGUGGAAUGGACCGCCAAGAAAAUCAGUUGCCACAUUGAUCUCAGAUCAUAGCUUCCGCCUUCAGAAGCGUCGGACAGAAUGCUGCAUAAUUGAGACCGAAAAGGCACUCGUGCCUUAUUAUGACAACCAUCAAGCAGGAGAGAUUGUUGAACUUGAUCAAAAUGAAUCAUUUUCCAACAGCCGGCCCUCGCGGCUGAGGCUCAAACAUGGUGACAUUUUGGUCUUGGAUGAUCCACAACAGGGGCACAAAAGUUUCCAAAUUCAUGAAUAUCUAGUGGGAGGUAACUAUUAUCUCUAUAGCGCCAUAAGUCUAGAUCAUCCUUUGGAGUUACUCUCGUUAUAUGUCGGUGCUCAUCCAUCUAGACUUGAGCCUUCUUGGGAGGAUAUGAGCCUUUGGUAUCAAGUUCAACGUCAAACGAAAGUUCUAAACAUUUUGAGGAAUCAUGGAAUCUUGAGCAAAUAUCUCCCAGAAAUUGUUGCCUCUGGUAAGAUUGUACAUUCGGGUCGUUGCAACAAAGAAAGUCCAGGAGGAAAGUGUGAUCAUCCAUGGUGUGGAACUCCAAUACUAGUAACAUCUCCAGUAGGGGAGCCAUUGUCGGCUGUAGUUUCCAAUGAAGGAACAUUUUCUGCUGAGGAAGCAACGCGCUUAUGCCGAGACUGUCUUGCUGCAUUAAGAAGUGCAGCUAUAGCUAAUGUCCAACAUGGUGAUAUUUGUCCGGAAAACAUAAUACACGUCGUUGAAAAACAAAGCAAUAGAAACCACCUCCAACAAGCAAUGUAUGUUCCGAUAUCUUGGGGACGUGCCGUGUUGGAAGAUAGAGACAGCCCUGCUAUAAAUUUACAAUUCUCAUCAGCUCAUGCACUUCAGCAUGGGAAGCUCUGUCCUUCAUCGGAUGCCGAAAGCAUCGUCUACAUCAUUUAUUUUAUUACUGGUGGGACUAUGAGUCAACAAGAUUCAAUUGAGUCUGCUUUACAAUGGAGAGAGAAUAGUUGGGAGAAUCGAUCAAUUCAACAACAUCUUGGUCAGGUUUCUGCUCUAUUGAAAGGUUUUGCUGAUUAUGUGGAUAGUCUUUGUGGAACUCCAUAUCCUGUUGAUUAUGAUAUAUGGUUAAAAAGGUUGAACAAUGCAGUGGAAGGUUCUGCUGAUAAAGGUAAAAUGAUCGAAGAAGUAGCCGUAAUGUUGAGAUUAGAGGAUGCUGCUGAAUCUUCAGGAGCUUCUGGCCCUUAAUUUGUUUUGCUGUAAAUUGCAAUUGGUGAAUUCAUAUGCAUUUUAUUUUUAGGACUUGAGGUUAUUUAGUUCUAUUGUUUUGGUAUUUGCUUCGGCAACGGCAACGGCGGCAAGGUAUAUUUUGGAGUGUUUACUGGUUUUUUAUCAGAAGAUUGUUAAAAUUUAAUGACAAAAGUCACACGUUUCAAGAAUUGGCUGUAUACUGAACCCUAACUCGUCUUUAGUCGAACAUGGAACCAUCCAUUUUCUUUGGACAAUGCUUUGAUGAAAUGAAUUGGUUAUGGUUUACAUAAA